ACCGGUGCGGGAGGAGCUUCUCGGGGGAGGCUUUGGUUCUCGUCAGGAGCCGGCGGGGGCUGCGGCUGUGGUGGAGGAGGAGGAGGGAGGAGGCUGCAGCAGCGGCAGCGGCGGCGGAGGAGCCAUGGCCGCCUUCGCCGAGCUGGGGCUGGCGUCGUGGCUCGUGGCGCAGUGUAAACAGCUGGGCCUGAAGCAUCCCACGCCUGUGCAGCAGAACUGCAUCCCUGCCAUUCUGGAGGGUCGAGACUGCAUGGGAUGUGCCAAGACAGGCAGUGGUAAGACCGCUGCUUUUGUUCUGCCCAUUCUGCAGAAGUUGUCUGAAGACCCCUUUGGCAUUUUCUGUCUUGUGAUCACGCCCACCAGGGAACUGGCCUAUCAAAUUGCUGAGCAGUUCCGUGUCCUUGGGAAGCCAUUGGGUCUGAAGGACUGUAUCAUCGUUGGAGGAAUGGAUAUGGUGGCCCAAGCUUUGGAACUAUCCCGUAAGCCCCACGUAGUCAUCGCGACACCAGGCCGCUUGGCCGAUCACCUCCGAAGCUCCAGCACCUUUAGCAUCAAGAAGAUCCGGUUUCUGGUGAUGGACGAGGCUGACCGGCUGCUGGAACAGGGCUGCACCGACUUCACCCAAGACUUGGAGGUGAUCUUUGAUGCGGCACCAGCCCGGCGACAGACACUCCUCUUUAGCGCCACCCUCACUGAAACGUUAAAGGUUCUUCGGGGAAUCGCUUCUAAUAAGCCCUUCUUCUGGGAGGCCCAGGCUGAGGUCCGCACCGUGGAGCAGCUGGACCAGCGCUACUUGCUGGUGCCUGAGAAGGUAAAGGAUGCCUAUCUUGUCCAGCUGAUCCAGACCUUUCAUGAUGAACAUGAAGACUGGUCCAUCAUCAUCUUCACCAACACAUGCAAGAGCUGUCAGGUAUUGAACAUGAUGCUGAGGAAAUUCAACUUCCCUUCUGUAGCUCUCCAUUCCAUGAUGAAACAGAAAGCUCGUUUUGCGGCUUUGGCCAAAUUCAAGUCUAGUGUUUACCGGAUCUUGAUUGCAACAGAUGUGGCAUCCCGAGGCUUGGAUAUUCCCACAGUGCAGGUUGUCAUUAACCAUAAUACGCCAGGCCUCCCUAAGAUCUACAUCCAUCGUGUAGGGCGGACUGCCCGAGCAGGGCGUCACGGCAUCGCCAUCACACUCGUGACUCAGUAUGAUAUACACCUGCUACAUGCCAUUGAGGAAGAGAUCAAGAAGAAGUUGGACGACUUCAGUGUGGAGGAGGCCAAGGUCCUCAAAAUCCUCACCCAGGUCAAUGUGGUCCGAAGAGAGUGUGAGAUUAAACUGGAGGCCACAGACUUUGAUGAGAAGAAGGAGAUCAAUAAAAGGAAACAGUUGAUCCUAGAAGGGAAGGACCCAGACCUGGAGGCCAAGAGGAAGGCAGAGCUGGCCAAGAUCCGGCAGAAGAAUAAGCAGUUCAAGGAGCGUGUGAUGCAGACAUUGCAGAGGCGGGCGGCCUUGAAACUGAAGAGGAAACGGCAGAAGCGGAAGAAGCAGCAGCAGGAGCAGCAGCAGCAGCAGCAGCAGCAGCAGCAGAAGCAGAAGCAGAAGCAACAGAAGCAGAAACAGAAGCAGAAGCAGAAACAGAAGCAGAGGCAGCAGAAGCAGCAGCAGCAGCAGCUGCUACUGAGAGCCAAGGGGAAGAAGUGAGGCCUGAGUCUCAGCCCCUGCCCCUGCCCAGAACAAACAUCUGGGACCAGCACCCUGGCCCCCACCCUUUGCACAGUGUUGGGAUGGGGCCAGAGCUAGAGGGUACCUGGCUGCAGCCACAGAUGUCCCUCUGACCAACUUACAAUAAAAAGGAUUGAGUUCUACAGUG